GCAGCUUAGCCCGGCCCCUUCAAACUCCUAGCUUAACUUAGCCGGCCCCGGAGCCCCCCUCCUCGGCGGGCGGCCCCGCCACAGCUGGCUCCCAUUAGCUGAAGGCCUGGCCAGGGGCCAGCCUCCACCCGCCUAGUCUCCCCUCUCAACCGUGGGCCCGGCAAGCCCGCCAGUAUUGGACUCGCUCUAGAAGGGGACACAGCAAGAGCAGCACGAGCAAGUUGGGAACCCCACAUCCCAAGAGAUUGUGGGGGGACUCCCUCCUGGUCCCCAAGGCCCAGGCAGCCAGACCCGUGGCCCCACACCUUCUCCCCACACACGGCCUGGGAGCGGGUGCUGAGGCAUCCGUCAGGUCUCAGGCAGGUGCCGACGGAGUCCAGCAUGUUGGCAGCCUGGGCUCCGGGACUGUGGCUCGUCAGUCUCUGGGUCACCUGUGGCAGUCAAGGAGCAGAGACUGGUGAACAAUGUCCCACCCUGCAGCAAGAGGGACUGAAGCUAGAGGCCAAUGGUGACUCCCCAACCAACAUGACAGGUUUUAAUCUCAUUAAGAGGUUUGCCCUCAUGAAGGUCUCAGCCAUCAAGCGGAUUCGAAACCCAAAAGGACCCUUCAUUCUGCGGUUGGGGAAUGCCCAGCUUGCUCUCCCCACCGCCCAGGUGUUUCCUGGGGGUGUCCCUGACCAGUUUGCAAUAGUGUUGACCCUUCUGCUGAAAAAACAGACAAGCAAAGAUACCUGGUAUUUGUUGCAAGUGACUGAUAAAGAUGGAUACCCACAGAUCUCCUUGGAGGUCAACAGUCACGAGAAGAGCCUGGAGUUUCGGGCCCGGGGCUUAGAUGGCGACUUUGUGUCCUGCAUCUUCCCUGUGGCCCAGCUCUUUGACCUGCACUGGCACAAGUUGGUGCUGAGUGUGACUGGGCGUGUGGUUUCAGUCCACGUGGACUGCACCUCCGUGUCCUCCCAACCUGUGGGUCCCCGGCGUGCUGUGCUUCCUGAGGGCCAUGUCCUUCUGGGUGUGGAUGCUGAGCAAGGCAAACCUGUCUUCUUUGAUUUGCAGCAGGCACACAUCUACUGUGACCCUGCCCUGGUGAUGGAAGAAGGGUGCUGUGAGGUCUCACCAGCUGGGUGCCCUCAGGAGGCCUCCAAGGCUCGACGGGACACCCAGAACAACGAGCUCAUCGAGAUCAGUCCUCAGGCGGAGGGCAAAGUCUACACUCGAUGCUUCUGCCUGGAGGAGCCACAGGGCAGCAAGGUGAAUGCUCAGCUCUCAGGAAAUGCUGAAAUCAAGAGAGAGAGGGGAAGUAAGGACUCCUCCUGGGUACAGAAGGCUAUGCCAGCUGAUGAGUGCCCACCCUGUGCCAGCCGUUCCAUGGAGAAUAUCACGCUGGGUCCUCCUGGUCUCAAGGGGGGGAAAGGUGAGCGGGGUUUGCCUGGCUCUGAAGGACCCAAGGGAGAGAAAGGAGCUCGGGGCUCUGAUUGUGUCCGGACCUCCCCGGAGGCCCCUCUCCAGUGUGCUGAAGGCCCCAAAGGUGAAAAGGGAGAUCGAGGAGACUCGGGUCCCGCAGGAAUUACUGGAUCGACCGGGCAGAAGGGCCAGAAAGGAGAGAGGGGAGACGCCGGCUUCAAGGGCUCAGUGGGGAAGCCUGGCCGAGACGGCCGGCCCGGGGAAAUCUGUGUCAUCGGCCCCAAAGGGCAAAAGGGUGAUCCCGGCUUCGUGGGACCAGAAGGACUAGCUGGAGAGCCGGGGCCCCCAGGACUGCCUGGACCCCCUGGGAUUGGGCUGCCAGGAACACCUGGGGAUCCUGGUGGCCCAGCAGGUCCAAAAGGAGACAAGGGAAGCUCUGGAUCUCCCGGGAAGGAAGGUCCAGGGGGAAAGCCUGGAAGACCAGGGACGCCAGGACUGAAAGGAGAAAAGGGUGACCCCUGUGAGGUGUGUCCUACUCUGCCAGAGGGACUCCAGAACUUCGUGGGACUGCCAGGAAAACCGGGACCAAAGGGGGAGCCGGGAGAACCCGGUCUGCUGAAGGAUUACCUGGGCAGUGCUAUGGGCCGGAAGGGCAACCGGGGAGAGCCUGGCAUCAGUGGGAUGAAGGGUGAAAAGGGGGAGCCAUGUUUGCCCUGCAGCCCAGGGGUAGGUGCUCAGAACUUAGUGGGGCCCAAAGGAGACGUGGCCUUCCCAGGCUUUGGACUGCCUGGCCUUCCGGGGAAAGCUGGGGCACCCGGGCCAACAGGGAUGAAGGGAGAGAAGGGUAACUUUGGUGAGAUGGGGCCAGUUGGCCAACCGGGGACCCCCGGGGCCAUGGGACCUGCUGGCAUUAAAGGGGAGAAGGGGGAGCCGUGUGAGCAGUGCCCUUCCACAUCCGAGCCUUCUGGUAGGGCUCUUCCUGGACCUCCCGGUGAGAAAGGGGAACCAGGCCAACCUGGGAGUGGCCAGCCCGGAAAGCCGGGUAAAACAGGGGAACCUGGAUUGAAGGGACAAAAGGGUGACGCAGGGAAUCCAGGAGACCCCGGGAAGCCGGGCACCGAGGGACAGCCAGGGCUGUCCGGACAACCGGGGAUCAGGGGUCGCCCAGGGCCGAAAGGAGAAAAAGGAGACGCCUGUGUCGCCUGCCCCACGCUGCAGGGAGAGUUUGCAGAUGUCGCUGGGAUUCCUGGGAGACCGGGGCCCAAGGGAGACCAGGGCCCGGAGGGCGUGGGCCGUCCUGGCAAACCGGGACAGCCUGGCCUGCCUGGUGUGCAAGGUCCCCCUGGGCUCAAAGGUUUGCAGGGCGAUCCAGGGCCUCCAGGGCUGUCGGUCCAGGGUCCUCCGGGAGAGGCUGGUGAUCAGGGUUUGCCGGGCACCAUGGGACCUCCAGGACCUCGGGGCCCACCCGGCUACGCUGGAGAGAAAGGCGCCAAGGGUUCUGCUGGGAUGAAAGGUGAUGUGGGACCCCCAGGCCCCGCAGGCCUCAGUGUCACUGGCCCCCCGGGCCGGGUUGGGGCUCAGGGGCAGCCAGGGCUGCCGGGGGCCAGCGGGACACCGGGAGAAAAGGGAGCACGUGGAGAAAAGGGUGACCCAGGGGAGUGCUCCUGCCCCCCCGGUUCCCGAGGAGAAGCUAUCUUCUCUGGCAUGCCGGGUGCUCCAGGACUUUGGAUCGGCGGCUCUUGGCAGCCGGGCCCUCAGGGUCCCCCAGGAGUCCCCGGACCUCCAGGACCCCCUGGAAUGCCUGGACGGCAGGGAAUACCUGGCCACAACGGUUUGCCGGGACUGCCUGGGCCUGCCGGAGACUUGGGCCCCCUCUCAGCGGAGGCUGAAAGACACAUUCUGAAGAACAUCUGUGGGGACUGUGUGCAGGCUCAGACAGGCCUUCCCACCCCGAGCCUGAUGAAGGGAGAGAAGGGCGACCAGGGCACCCCCGGCGUUCCAGGCAUCGACAACUGUGCCCGGUGCUUCCUAGAACGGGACCGCCCGCGAGCCGAGGAGCCCCCCGGAAAUGGAGAGGGGGACCCGGGGUGUGCUGGGAGCCCAGGCCAGCCCGGCCCUCCAGGACUUCCGGGGCAGAGAGGAGAAGAGGGCCCGCCCGGGAUGAGAGGCUCCCCAGGGCUUCCGGGGCCCGUUGGCCCCCCAGGUUUCCCUGGCGCUGUUGGCUCCCCCGGAUUACCUGGUCUCCAGGGAGAACGUGGUCUCACCGGGCUGACGGGAGACAAAGGGGAGCCGGGCCCGCCAGGACAACCAGGCUACCCAGGUGCCAUGGGGCCGCCAGGACUGCCUGGUAUCAAGGGAGAGCGAGGCUACACGGGUCCUGCCGGAGAGAAGGGAGAGUCGGGUCCACCAGGAGCUGAAGGUCUUCCAGGCCCCACGGGCCCUGCAGGUCCCCGAGGAGAAAGAGGAGUCCAAGGUGGUGCUGGUGAGAAAGGAGACCAGGGAUUUCAGGGACAGCCGGGCUUCCCAGGCCCACCGGGGCCCCCAGGAUUCCCAGGCAAAGCAGGACCGGCCGGCCCACCGGGCCCCCCAGCUGAGAAGGGAAGUGAAGGAAUUCGAGGACCAUCAGGCAUGUCGGGCCCUCCAGGACCUCCCGGACCCCCUGGCAUACAGGGUCCUGCUGGCCUCGAGGGACUAGAUGGGAAGGAUGGGAAACCUGGUUUGAGGGGGGACCCUGGCCCUCCUGGACCCCCUGGACUCAUGGGACUCCCGGGCUUCAAGGGAAAAACAGGACAUCCAGGCCUCCCUGGGCCCAAGGGCGACUGUGGUAAACCAGGCCCUCCUGGCAGCAGCGGGCGGCCAGGAGCUGAGGGUGAGCCUGGCCCCAUGGGACCCCAGGGAAGACCUGGACCACCCGGGCAUGCAGGUCCCCCUGGAUCUCCCGGCCAGCCUGGGCCUGCUGGGAUCAGUGGAAUCGGACUAAAAGGAGAUCGGGGAACCCCAGGAGAAAGGGGUCUUGCAGGUCUUCCAGGUGAACCUGGCGCCCCUGGACACCCUGGACCCCCAGGUGAGCCUGGAUCUGAUGGAGCAACCGGCAAAGAGGGGCCUCCUGGAAAGCCAGGACCUUAUGGCCUUGUGGGCCCAAAGGGUGACCCUGGAUCUGCAGGACAGAAGGGUGAGCCUGGAGAGAAAGGGAGAGCCGGCAUGCCAGGGGGACCUGGCAAGAGUGGCUCCAUGGGCCCUAUUGGACCACCAGGGCCUUCUGGUGAGAGAGGCCACCCAGGUUCUCCUGGGCCUGCUGGGUCCCCAGGGCUGCCAGGACUGCCUGGAACAAUGGCAGAUAUGGUGAAUUAUGAUGAAAUCAAGAGAUUCAUCAGACAGGAGAUCAUCAAAAUGUUUGAUGAGAGGAUGGCUUAUUACACAUCCAGGAUGCAGUUCCCAGUGGAGAUGGCUGCAGCCCCAGGCAGACCGGGACCCCCAGGCAAGGACGGCGCUCCAGGCCGACCAGGAUCUCCAGGCUCACCCGGACUUCCAGGACAGAUCGGCAGAGAAGGCCGGCAGGGCCUUCCAGGAAUGAGAGGUUUGCCUGGGACCAAAGGUGACAAAGGAGACACUGGCAUUGGCAUUGCUGGAGAAACAGGUCUCCCUGGGCCUCCAGGUCCCCAGGGACCCCCAGGGUAUGGAAAGCUGGGCCCAACUGGGCCCAUGGGUCAACAGGGGAUCCCUGGAAUCCCGGGCCCCCCAGGCCCCACAGGACAGCCUGGAAAGGCGGGCCACUGUAACCCUUCAGACUGCUUCAGUGCCAUGCCCAUGGAGCAGCAGUAUCCACCAGUGAAAAGCAUGAAGGGGCCAUUUGGCUGAAAUGAUGUGCUGACCAUCAACAUUAAGGACUCUCUUGGGACAGCCAAAGCUCUGUGGUCCUUCUGACUGGUUGUGAAUGAUUUUUAAAAUUGCUGUUGAUAUUUU